GAAACUGAGAACUUAUUUAUCACCACUGAGAAAACUGGGUGGAAUCCAACAUGUAUCCUGUGCAGUACAUAUAAUGGUCUCACAACAGCUUUGACUAUAUGGCACACUAACAAUUUCAACUCUCACUUAAGGCUGAAAUGGACCAAAGACAAAGCUCACAAGUGAAAGUCAGUCUGAUGAACCUUGGGAACGGACCAGGACUGACUCAGCCCAAUCCUCAGGAGAGGGAACAGUGGGGCAAUAAAAUUGAGUUCAUUCUGGCAGUGGCCGGUCACAUAAUUGGCCUGGGUAACGUCUGGAGGUUUCCAUACCUUUGCUACAAAAAUGGAGGAGGUGUUUUCUUCAUACCUUAUGUUUUAUUUUUGUUCACCUGUGGCAUCCCACUCUUUUUCCUGGAGACAUCUUUGGGCCAGUACACCAGUCAGGGUGGAAUAACAUGUUGGAGAAAAAUCUGCCCUCUCUUUGAAGGCUUGGGUUACGGGAGCCAAGUUAUUGUUUUGUACACUGGGGUGUAUUACAUCAUCAUACUGGCUUGGACGUUUCUCUACCUGUUUUCAUCCUUUGCAUCUGAGCUUCCAUGGGCAAGCUGUCACAACAGCUGGAACACAGAUGGCUGUGUUGGUCACAAUCACACAUCUGCCCUGUUCCUGUAUGGAAAUAGCACUUCUUCAGUUGUCGAAUUUUGGGAGAGGAGAAUCUUGGGUCUGUCCAGUGGAAUUGAGGAAAUUGGCAAUAUUCGUUGGGACCUGGCUCUUUGUCUACUUCUUGCCUGGAUAUUGUGUUACUUCUGUGUUUGGAAUGGAGUGAAGUCAACAGGAAAGGUGGUCUACUUCACUGCCACAUUCCCUUAUGUAAUGCUGAUGGUGCUGCUCGUUCGUGGCCUUACAUUACCAGGGGCCAGAGAUGGAAUUAUAUUCUACCUCUACCCAGACCCAUCCCGCCUCAUGGAUCCAGAGGUAUGGAUGGAUGCUGGCAGUCAAAUUUUCUACUCCUAUGGAGUUUGCACAGGUGUUCUUACAUCUUUAGGAAGUUACAACAAGUACAACAACAACUGCUAUAGAGACUGCGUUUACCUGUGCCUGUUGAAUAGUUUAACCAGCUUUGUAGCUGGCUUUGCCAUCUUUUCUGUGCUUGGCUUCAUGGCGAAGGAGCAAGGUGUAGAUAUAUCAAUGGUGACUGAAUCAGGUCCAGGUUUGGCAUUCAUUGCUUAUCCUCGUGCUGUGGCUCUAAUGCCACUUCCCCAACUCUGGGCUAUUUCCUUCUUCGUUAUGAUCAUCUUCUUAGGUUUAGAUAGUGAGUUUGUAUAUCAGGAGGCACUGGUCACAACUAUCUCUGACUUGUAUCCUGCUCUCUUUCAAAACAACUGUUACCGUAAACUCCUUCUUCUUGCAAUUUCUGUCGGAAGUUUCUUUAUUGGUCUUCUGAUGGUUACAGAGGGAGGCCUUUAUAUUUUCCAGCUGUUUGACUACUACGCCUGCAGUGGGAUGACGCUGCUGCUUUUUGCUAUUCUUCAGUCUGUCUGUGUUGGAUGGAUCUAUGGUGCAGAUCGUCUGUAUGAUAAUAUACAGGACAUGAUUGGAUAUCGACCAUGGCCUUUUAUGAAAUACUGUUGGAAGUACUUUACGCCAGCUAUCUGUACUUGCACAUUUCUCUUCUCCUUGGUGAAAUAUACCCCGCUCAAAUUCAGCAACACCUAUGAAUACCCCUGGUGGGGCUACACCAUUGGAGGAUUCUUUACCCUCUCUUCAACGCUCAUAGUUCCUCUGUGGAUGCUGUAUGCUGUGAGUGUCGCUCCAGGAACACUGAGACAGAGACUGAAAGUUCUGUGCACUCCAGCAAAGGACUUACCCACUGGAACAUUAAAGAAGAAGACAACAAAUAAAGAAGUAUUUCAAACUUUCACAGACUUGCGCACACUGCGCACAGCAGAAAGCCAGGAUGACAAAGGCGACAGAGCUCAGAGAUCAUUCAUCAUUUAACAGGACAGGAAAUGAAAAGAUAUAGUACACGUGAAACUCAGACAAAUUUAAAUAUAUUAAGUUAUAUUAUCUUAAUAGCAUGUUUUAGCACUAAGUUAAUGGAUAUUCCAAGUUGUUUGUGCAGAUGUUAUACAUACAUUCUUAUUUCUCUUUCUGGUGAUGGUAAUGUACAUUGUAGAUUUGAAAAUAACACUGCAGUCACACUUCAAGUGUGCUUGUUAAAUAACAAUAGGGUGCAUUCAUAUAUUAUAUGUUACUGGGGAUGUCUGGGAGAGGAGAGGUUUUCAAAGGAGUUUAGCUUCAAAAUAGUUUUAAGGAAGUUUUUAGGAAGCAAAAAACUUUUUCCUUUUUAUUAUAUCCAGUAUUUGCAUCAUUGUAUUUUCAGCUGGCAUGAACUUAGUAUUAGUUGCUCAUUGCCAAUUACUUUUAUCAUGAGGUGUUAAAAAACAAACAAAAAAACAAACAAACAAAAAAACAACAAUAUUAAAGGGGAAUUCCAAUAUUUUUAAAUCUGGGUAUAGGGCCCGGCUUUACAAAUACCAGAAUUCCCCUUAGCAGUAUUUUCAGGUUUGGAAGUUUUUGUUUUGCAUUUUUAAAUUGCGUUAUGAUUACAACAUGAAAUAUGAUGCUUUAUAUACAGAGUGUGAUACAUAAGUACUGGGAACAUUAAUAAAACAUUUAACAAAAAAAUAAAAUAAAAGUUAAAAUAGUUAGAUAUAGAUUGUUAUAUAUAUGGAAUAUAGGUAUAGAGUAUUGACAGUGCUGCACAUACUGCGCUGUGCAAUGUAGUGGCCCUCACAAGUAUAACAGACGAAA